ACCCCCGCGCCCCCCGGGGCCCUGCCGGCCCUGGUGCCGGGGCUGCAGGGCGGCGAGGCCAGCGCGCUGCAGCACAAGAUCCGUAGCUCCAUCUGCAAAACUGUACAAUCUAAAGUGGACUGCAUUUUGCAAGAAGUUGAGAAGUUUACAGACCUAGAGAAACUCUACCUCUACCUUCAGCUGCCUUCGGGUCCCAACAAUGGAGACAAAAGUGAUCAGAUCUCCAUGUCAUCCAGCCGUGCACAGCAGAUGCAUGCCUUCUCUUGGAUACGGAAUACCUUGGAAGAGCACCCUGAGACAUCCCUUCCCAAACAGGAGGUUUAUGAUGAAUACAAGAGCUAUUGUGACAAUCUUGGCUAUCACCCAUUAAGUGCUGCUGACUUCGGAAAGAUCAUGAAAAAUGUCUUUCCGAAUAUGAAGGCCCGUCGCCUAGGCACAAGAGGCAAAUCAAAAUAUUGCUACAGUGGACUGAGGAAGAAGGCUUUUGUUCAUAUGCCAACACUGCCCAACCUUGACUUUCACAAAACUGGAGAUGGGUUGGAUGGGACAGAGCCGUCUGGGCAGCUACAAAGUGCCGAUGAGGAAGUUGUCUCUGCGGCCUGCCGGCUUGUUUGUGAAUGGGCCCAGAAAGUGCUAAGCCAGCCUUUUGAUACAGUCUUGGAAUUGGCUCGUUUCCUUGUAAAAAGUCACUACAUCGGCACCAAGUCAAUGGCAGCUUUAACAGUAAUGGCAGGGGCACCAGCAGGAAUAAAAGGGAUCCCCCAGCCCUCAGCUUUUAUACCUACUGCUGAAAGCAAUUCCUUUCAACCACAAGUGAAAACGCUGUCAUCUCCUGUUGAUGCCAAGCAGCAGCUGCAGCGUAAGAUCCAGAAGAAGCAGCAAGAACAGAAACUGCAGUCUCCUUUGCCAGGAGACUCUCCAGCAAAGAAAACGGAAGGCACUGCAACCAAUGGUGUGACGAGUAUAUCUAAUGGAAGCCCUGCAAUUCUGUCUCCUCAGCCCAUUGGUAUUGUUGUGGCAGCUGUCCCCAGUCCGAUACCGGUGCCAAGGACCAGGCAGUUGGUGACAUCUCCAAGUCCUAUGGGAUCGUCUGAUAGCAAGGUCCUGCCGCUCAAUGUUCAGGUGGUCACUCAGCACAUGCAAUCAGUCAAGCAGUCACCAAAGACUCCCCAGAAUGUUCCUGCCAGCCCAGUUGGUGACCGCUCUGCCCGACAUCGCUACCCACAGAUCUUACCGAAGCCAGCAAAUACCAGUGCUCUCACCAUCCGCUCUCCCACAACGGUGCUUUUUACCAGUAGCCCAAUCAAGACUGUUGUGCCAGCUCCACAUGUGAAUUCCUUAAAUGUGGUAAAAAUGACAGCAAUAUCUCUUGCCCCAAGCAGCAGUAGUGUGCCUGUCAAACAGACACCUUCAGUUAAUAGUAGUGCGGGAGCAGUGGAAGAGGGGAGAGCCGCUCCACAGAUGAAAAAUGGAUCUCUUGUUUCACUUCAGUCCCCAGGAUCCAAACCUAGCACUGUUGUAGCUGCAUCUGCAGUUGAGAUCAAAAUGGAACCAGAAGCACUGCUGGAUGAGAACCCAGUACAGGGCCAAGAGAGCUCUGAUGUAUCUAAAUCCAUAAAGGCAGCCCCUGGCCUGCCUCCUGCUCAACAAAUAAAUUUUGAGGUCACAACCUUGAAGGUUUCAGCUGAUGGUGUUGUGGAGGCAAAAACAGUUAAGGGCUGUGAUCAGGGAGCUGAAGAAGCAGGGACCAAAUAUAAAACACAGUCUAAUGAGAUCACACCGGUUUCUUCAGCAGGCAAUAAUCAAAGCACUCUAAAGCUCUCAGUUGCCAGUCACUUGUCCAGCACCAGCAUUGGUUCACCUCCUACUGGUGAGUCUACAAUUAAAGACAAAAUAUGCACUAAAAGUCCAAGAAAGCGACAACCUUCUACACUUCAAGAUUCCCAGGUACCACCUGUAAAGAAACCACUGGUGGGGCAGCUUUCAGCUGGUAAUGCUGUGGAGGGUCAAAAAGCAAACAGCAUUAAGAAGGCUCCAAAGGUUGUAUCGUUAGCUAGCGGUGACAAUACUGCAACGCUUGCUCAAGUUCCCAGCAAGGUACCUGUAAAUGUCCCUGUACCUUCCACAGCUCCAGCAAACGUAGCGACAGACUGUUCCUUGAGCACCAGUGAUACCAGUGAUUCUACUUUAGGACAGCAGCUUGCAUCAGCAUCAUCUCCAGAUAUUAAAGUGAAAUUGGAAGGAAACAUGUUUAUCAUAGAAAAUGAUUCAAAAUCUGAUGGCAGCUUUAACCCAAAUGCGUGGCACCAUAUCACCAAAACCUCUGACUUUGCAUCUGUGAAUUGUGACCAGCAGCAAGAUAUCAGUGUUAUGACUAUCGCAGGACAUUCUGGCUCUAGUGACUUAGAGGAGUCUGCGUGGGAGCCAGUGCACUGUGAGGGUAUACAGCAGGAUGUAUACAACCAGCAGCUACAGAGCCAGAUCCAGGACUCCUCCUUGGGUCAAAUAGAAGCACAGUCUUCAAAUCAGUUACCUCUGCAGUCUGAGCUGAAAGAGUUUGAACAUACAGUCCCUCAGUCGAAUGAGAACUUCUUUUCAUUUGAUGAUGACCUUACCCAGGACAGCAUUGUGGAGGAGCUGGUGCUCAUGGAGGAGCAGAUGUCAAUGAAUAAUCCUCAUCCUUACGGUGGUUGUCUAGGAAUGGCACUUCCGAGUCAGACAGCAGCUCAAGGAGCUCCUGUGUCAUCUCAUCCCAGCAGCACACAUUUUUACCAUUCAAUCCAUAACAACAGCACUCCGAUUCACACCCCGACUCCCACCCCCACCCCGACUCCCACCCCCACCCCAACUCCGACCCCCACCUCUGAAAUGAUCUCUGGAUCUCAGAACGUGUCACGAGAGAGCCCUUGCUCCAGGCUGGCUCAGACAACUCCCGUAGACAGCGCCCUAGGAAGCAGCCGGCAUACGCCCAUUGGCACGCCGCAUUCCAACUGCAGCAGCAGCGUCCCUCCGAGUCCUGUGGAAUGCCGAAACCCAUUCGCGUUUACUCCCAUAAGCUCCAGUAUGGCUUACCACGAUGCCAGCAUUGUUUCAAGUAGCCCCGUGAAGCCAAUGCAGCGGCCUAUGGCUACCCACCCUGACAAAACCAAACUUGAGUGGAUGAAUAACGGGUACAGUGGUGUCACCAAUUCAUCGGUUGCAAACCACGGCAUCCUUACGAGCUACCAGGAGCUAGUGGAAGAUCGCUUCAGGAAACCUCACGCAUUUGCAGUUCCUGGCCAGUCAUACCAGUCUCAGCCACGCCACCACGAUACUCACUUCGGUCGCGUGACUCCCGUUUCACCUGUGCAGCACCAGGCAGCCCCUGUAAGUAACACUACCAAGCAAGAGGGUUUUGCUGUUCCUGCUCCUCUGGACAACAAAGGAGCCAGUUCCACUCUCAAUAACAGUCUGAGAUGCCGGAGCGUGAGCCCUGCUGUCCAUCGCCAGCGUAAUCUCAGUGGAAGCACUGUUUACCCUGUUUCAAAUAUACCGCGCUCCAGUGUGACACCUUUUGGGAGUCCGGUGACUCCGGAAGUUCACAAUGUAUUUACGAAUAUCCACGCAGACACCAGUGCCAAUAACAUAGCGCAAAGAAGCCAGUCAGUCCCGUUGACUGUAAUGAUGCAGACAGCCUUCCCGUCUCUUCAGAAACAAACAAACACUAAAAAAAUAACCAAUGUGUUGUUAAGCAAACUUGAUUCUGAUAGUGAUGAUGCAGUGAGAGGUUUGGGAAUGAACAACAUGCCCUCAAAUUACACAGCCAGGAUGAAUCUCACUCAGAUUUUAGAGACAUCCACUGCUUUUCCUAGUGCCAACCCGCAAAAUAUGAUUAAUUCCAGCACUUCAGUUUAUGAAUUCCAAACACCAAAUUACCUCACAAAAAACAGCAGCACCGAUCAGAUCAGUUUCUCUUCUGGAGAUAACCAAGCACAAUCAGACAUCGGAGAGCAGCAAUUAGAUUUUAGCAGCACUGUAAAAGACCUUUUAGGGGAGGACAGUCUGCCAACAAACCAGCAGCUGGUGAAUCAGGUGGCAUCAGAUCUGAACGUUACAUCUGUCUUUUCCAGCGACAUCAGGUUGUCUUCCGAACUCUCAGGCAGCAUUAACGAUCUGAACACUUUAGACACAAAUCUACUGUUCGAUCCAGGUCGUCAGCAGGGACAAGAUGAUGAUGCUACACUGGAGGAAUUAAAAAAUGACCCCUUGUUUCAACAAAUCUGCAAUGAAUCCAUUAACUCAAUGACUUCAGGUUUUGAGUGGAUGGAGAGCAAGGAUCAUCCUGCUGUUGAAAUGUUGGGUUAAUCUUGUUUUAUAGUAUGUAUGUAGCACACUGUAUCUAAAAGACAGACGUAUUGUAUUUGUCUUAAUGGAAGUGCCUCCUGCAGCAGAAACGCUAUGUUUUGUGGCAUUUAAAAAAAAAAAAAAAGUUUGCUGUACCAGUUGCUCAUACUUGAGCAAUGAAAAGGCAGUCUUACCAAUUCAAGUCACCAAAACAAAUCUCUGAAGGUGAUGGGCUAUUAAAGAGCCAGUAUUAAAAUUUGAAUUUUAUAGUGUUUCCCAUUCAAUAUUCUUUAUUGUAGUAAAGAAGUGGUUAAUAGCCAGCCAGCAAUGACAGCUAUGGUUGAGGCUUUGGGUGGGUGUUAAGUCGAGCUUGUUAGCAGGCUUUCCAUAUUUCGUAUUGCUUGUUACUUCUAGUAGAUGAUUCUUACUGACCUCUGUUGUUGAGGUCUGAAAGGCAGGGUGCCUGCAGGUAUGUAGGUGAUAGGGAGUGGGUACAGGUGAACCAGGUGACAUGCAGGUGCCUGACCAUUGUGUAGCUAUCUCGAGUGCUGCUCAGUGGUGAACUGUGGAAAAAAUCUCUGUAGUACUCAUGCCAUUUACAUCUCUAGUAAGAUGCAGAGACAGGAAAACUAACAGGAAUGAUCAAGGAAAAAGAAAGAUGCACUAAACUUUUUAUUUAAGAGAUACACAUCUAUGUAGUUAUUUUAUCCAUUAAUGUUUCUGACAUUAUACUUGGUAUUUUAGUUUUCAUUUCAGUGUUUUUAUAUUAGGUAAAAUUCAUGAGAAAAGAUUUUGAGCACUGAGAUUUA